AUGUCAGAGCCUGAAGACCAAAUGCUAACUGACGAUGAAGACGACUUCGAUUGUGCUUACUAUGAUGGAGAUGAUAUCGACAUCAGAGAAGACUUCGACGAUGAAAAGUGUAAUUCUGACGCAGAGCAAGCAAAGAUUGAAUCUCUAGAUACGUUUCAGGUUGAACGACUGCUCAAUGAAAGCGUAGCAUCAUUGAUUGAGGUUUCGCGGAUUACGCCAUCUCUAGCCAAAAUUUUGCUGCUCUCUUAUAAUUGGGAUGUCAAAAAGAUACACGAAAUGUUAAACAAAGAUACCGAGGGGACUUUGCUCAAAUCAGGUGUCAAACCAAUGUCAACAGCCAAACGUCCGGCAAAUAACACGUGCCUUGUCUGCUAUCAUGAAGAUGAAGAACUCCGAGCUCUAUGCUGUGGACACGGGUUUUGUGUGCAUUGCUGGAAAGCUUACUUUGAAACACGACUUUCUGAAGGAGUAUCUUCAAAAAUAUCAUGUAUGGCUUCCAAUUGUAUGCUUGUUGCACCACCCGAAUUCGUCCUUCGUGCUCUUGAUAAGGCGUCGCUUCGAGCAAAAUAUGAACGUUUUCUUUAUCGAGACUAUGUGAUGUCGCAUCCAGAGCUGAGAUUUUGUGUUGGAAAGGACUGCUUAAUGGUUGUUCGAUCAAAAGAAACAAAACCCAAGAAAGCUACUUGCACGAAAUGCAAGACUUCUUUUUGUGUGAUUUGUGGAGUGGACUACCACGCGCCGACAUCUUGUGACACGAUAAAGAAAUGGCUGAUCAAAUGUGCGGAUGAUAGCGAGACUGCGAACUACAUUAGCGCUCAUACAAAAGAUUGUCCACAAUGCCAUGCAUGUAUCGAGAAAAAUGGAGGCUGUAAUCAUAUGCAAUGUGCCAAGUGCAAACAUCAUUUUUGCUGGAUGUGUUUUGGAGAUUGGAAAAGCCAUGGAUCAGAAUAUUAUGUCUGCAGUCGGUACAAAGAGAAUCCGAGCGUUGCCGCUGAAGCAAAUCAUGUGAAAGCGAGACGAGCACUCGAGAAAUAUCUGCACUAUUUUGAACGGUAUGAGAAUCACAACAAAUCGCUGAAAAUGGAAGAAGAGUUGAGAGAAAAGAUCAAGAGAAAGAUUGAUGCCAAGGUUAACGAGCAUGAGGGUACGUGGAUUGAUUGGCAAUACUUGCACACUGCCGCAACGUUGUUGGCCAGGUGUCGUUAUACUCUUCAAUACACAUACCCGUUUGCUUACUACCUUGAGAAAGGCCCGAGGAAGGAUUUGUUCGAGUAUCAACAAGGUCUUCUCGAGAAAGAAGUUGAAGAGCUAGCGUGGGCUGUUGAACGUGCGGGCACCUCAGAUAGGGGAGCUUUAGAAGCACACAUGCACAGAGCCGAGCACAAGAGAAUCACUCUUCUUCAAGACUUCUUCUUUUCUCCAUCCGAAUACGAUGCCCCCAGUUCGUCAAAGUUUCGA